ACCGCCCCGUCCCGCACCGCGGCAGGGCACGGAACCCGCUGCAUUGCGGAACCUCGAAGCCGCCGUUCGCGUGGGCUACACGGUGCUUCCGCCGCGGGGCACCGCUCGCCUCUCCGGAAGAGGGACCGGAGCUCGGCCGCCUCCAUUCGCUGCGGCGCCGGGAUCGGGCCCGCUGCCGGGAUCGGGCCCGCUGCCGGGGUUGGGGGGGAGCGGGCCUUGUCCCCGCCCGCUUGCACGGCGAAGGGGCAUCGGCAGCAUGGCGGUGCUGGCGGUGCAUUUGGAGGCCGAUGCUUUCCUGGUGUGCCUCAACCACGCACUGAGCACCGAGAAGGAGGAGGUCAUGGGGCUCUGCAUCGGCGAGGUCGACACCAGCCGAAUCGUUCACAUCCAUUCUGUGAUCAUCCUGCGUCGCUCUGAUAAGAGGAAAGACCGUGUGGAAAUUUCACCAGAACAGCUUUCAGCUGCUUCCACUGAAGCAGAGAGGUUGGCUGAAAUGACAGGACGUCCCAUGAGAGUUGUGGGCUGGUAUCAUUCCCAUCCUCAUAUUACUGUCUGGCCAUCACAUGUGGAUGUCCGCACACAAGCUAUGUAUCAGAUGAUGGACCAAGGUUUUGUAGGGCUUAUCUUUUCUUGUUUCAUUGAGGACAAAAACACAAAGACAGGCAGGAUUCUCUAUACCUGUUUCCAGUCCAUUCAAGCCCAGAAGAGCUCAGAAUAUGAAAGGAUUGAAAUUCCUAUUCAUGUUGUCCCCCAUGAAACCAUUGGAAAAGUGUGUCUGGAAUCAGCUGUAGAGCUGCCCAAGAUCCUUUGCCAAGAAGAGCAGGAUGCCUACAGGAGAAUUCACAGCCUCAGCCAUCUUGACUCUGUAACCAAGAUUCAUAAUGGCUCAGUGUUCACAAAGAACCUGUGCAGCCAGAUGUCUGCCAUCAGUGGGCCACUCCUUCAGUGGCUGGAGGACAGACUAGAGCAGAACAAACAACGAGUGCAGGAGCUGCAGCAGGAGAAGGAGCAGCUUCUGGAGGAACUAGCAGCUUUAGAGUGAAGGAGGAAAUGCAGACCCUUCAGAAAAGUCAUGAAAAAAACUCUACAAGACCUGCUGGCUGAAUGGUGGCCCUGCACUGCCUUACAGUGAAGAUUCUAACUGUGCCUCAUCUCUUGCUGUGUGCAGCAAGGAGCACUUCUCCAGGAUAAGGGUUUUCUCUCCCUCAGCUUGAUGAAAAGCAGCAGUAUCUCUCAAGGUGUUGUAUGAUGCAGUGCAAUUCCAGCUCAGUGAUGGGGUUGAGCAGCAUUUGAAGAGAUUUCAGUUCUGGAGUGCACACACCAAGGGAAGAUUGGUGUCAAGUCCCCUAUAUUUUCACAGAAGUCUUUCUGCUUUGCAUAUAUUCCAGGAGCCUAGAACAGGAGGGUUAGAAGGGAAGAGUGUGUCCCUGAAAUCAUACCUGAGAUGUUGCUAAUUUCUGCCUUCUAGUAGCUUUAGUUGAUGGUGAUCUUCUAUCUAGUAAUGUUCUGGAUUAUCCAGCCAGGCAUGAAAGAAGUGGGAGGGAAGCAUGGGAAGAGACCUGGAAGAAUGCAGGACCUGUGCUCAGCAUACUUCAAACCAAAUAAAAAUUCCAAAGCCAGAGCUGUUUGGAGUAGAAAUAAAAUGGAUACUACAGAGUGCCAGUGCCUG